CGAGGAAAUGGGGGAUAUUCAGUAUGUGAAGGGGACGGAUGAGAAGUAUCGUUAUGAGAGAUAUCUUGAGCAUAAGGAAGAGGUGUAUAAUAGUUAUGAUCAUUAUAGUCAAAAAUUAAGGAAAGAGAAGAGCAAGAAAUCAUGAAACUGUGCAGCAAAGUACACGGGUCAGAUCCAAGAACUAGAGAAUGAACUCGGAAAACUCACUAAGAUAAUGAAAGCUCUGAGUGAGAGAUCGCCAGAUAGAGAGAUUGGAGCACUUAAGAAAGAGAAGGUCAGGUUUAUGCUGAAACUAGAGGAAAAGGACAAAUUAAUCUUACAACUUCUCAAAGAGAAUGCUGAUCUGUUGAAAGUAGUGGCCAAAAUGAAACCUUCUGAAAGCACCUCUGCUAAUAAUAGCACUGAGAAUUCUAAUAUUACUUCUAAGGAUCAGAAGACAUCUAAUGAAUGCAUACCAACUUCAAUCCUUCACCCAGAUCCUAACAAAUCAAGGGAAAAGAGAUCAUCAAUAGAAAGAAACUACACUGAAGAUGGCACGACAAAUGCUAUCCACCCCAGAAGUAGCAGCAUUGCUUUGAUUCGACCAGCUAAGAACAUUGACAGCACCAAAAAUCCCUCUAAACCAAGAGGUAACUCAAGUAUGGCUGCAGAAAAGCCCUACAAGAAGGAAUUUAGAAGAAGUUUCUUAGAAGUUGGCAUAAAGCCGAGCAAUGAUUACCUCGAUAAAGAUCUGAGGUAUAAAGGUGAUGUGAAAAGGUCCAGCUAUAUAAAAAAAAUAUAUAAGGAAGAUAUUCAGUGAAAGUCUCCUAAAAAGUCAAAAUACAGGGCAAAUAGAGCAUCUGAUGUUAAAAAGCCAGGGUCUAAAAUUUCUUUAUACAAAAAUAAAGUGUUCUACAAGGACCACAACCAGGAUGCUGAAGGUACUCCUGAUCCUAAGAGUUCUAAACAGAAAAAGAGAAUGAGGCAAUCAAUGCAGACUGAAGAUAAUCCUCAAUUAUUCACUAGUGCAAUGAUUAUGAGUGAGCAGAAGGAAGACCUCAAGAGAAUAAUGCUCAAUCAGGACACUAUCCCUCCUUAUAAAAACAAUAAAAGAGGAGAAUUAUGUUCUCCGAAGAUUAACACAAAUUUUUCUAUUUGCUCAUUACAGAAGAAAAGAAAUCAGAGGAAGACAUGGCAAAAGAGGGCAUAGUAUGACCUCUUUCCUAAAACUUUGAAUCAAUAAUGUUAUCUCAAC